AUGGCAGAGAAGCGCGUGGACCCCGAGGACGGCGCCGUGUACACGUGGGAAGAGCUCAGCCAGUUCUACAAAGGAAAGUACAAGAAGAAGGAGAUCGAGGCCUACUGGGAGGACUGCAAGCCCGCCAAGAGGGCCAAGUCGAAGUCCAAGGGAAAGGGCGAGGCCGAGCCGGAGGCCAAAGCCAAGGCCAAGGUGAAGGCAAAGGCCAAGGCGGAGCCAAAGGCGAAGGCGAAGGCCAAGGCCAAGGAGCCCAAACCUGCUGGGAACUAUCCGGUCGUCGUGUGCGGCGGCUGCGGCGGGAUCGGGCAGCCGCUAGCGAUGCUGAUGGCGAUGGACAAGAACGUUUCGGAGCUCUGCAUCUAUGACUUGGACAUCUCUCCGAUGCCGCCGGCCGGCGUGGCGCAGGAUCUGAUCCACCUGGAGAGGAAGUGCACGGUGAAGGGCUACGUCGGGAAGCUGAACGAGCCCCCGAUGAAUUUUAUGGAGGAGCCCCUUACGGGUGCCCACCUCGUGCUCAUCCCCGCGGGUUUGCCGCGGAAGCCUGGGCAGACCCGCGACGACCUCUUCAAGAUCAACGCAGACAUCGCGAAAGGCCUGGUCGAGGCUUGCGCCAAGUAUUGCCCUGAGGCCGUCUUGGCCAUGAUCGUUAACCCAGUCAACUCCAUCGUGCCCGCCAUGGCGGAGCUGUACAAGAAGAAAGGCUUGGACCCCAUGAAGAUCAUUGGCGUCACAACGCUGGACAUCGUCCGUGCCAACAAGUUUGUUGGCGAGGAAACGGGCAAGAACCCGAACUUCAUCAACGUGCCAGUCAUCGGCGGCCACGCAGGGGCGACCAUCCUGCCAGUCUUCUCGCAGGACAAGGCGGGGAAGCUGCUGCCAGCCGAGAAGGUGCCCGACAUGGACAAGCACGUGCAGGACGCCGGCACCGACGUCGUGAACGCGAAGAACGGGAAGGGUAGCGCUACGCUCUCCAUGGCGUACGCGGGCGCCCGGUUUGGCUCCGCGGUCCUCUCGGGCCUCUCUGGGAGGAGGCGCACGGAGUGCGCCUACUGUGCGUCCACGGUCACGGACCUCCCCUACUUCGCGCAGCCGGUUGUCCUCGGACCCAAGGGCAUCGAGAAGGUGCUCCCGAUCGGGGAGCUCAACGAGCACGAGACGAAGCGCCUGGAGGAGGUGAAGGUGCAGCUGAAGGGCGAGAUCGACUCCGGGCUGAAGUACGCGGAGGCCAACUCCCUGGCCUGA